CCGGCCGGUCGGGAUUGGCGGGCGCACCUCUGCCGCGGCCCGGGACCCCCUCCCGGCUGCCCCGGCGGCGUGUGUGCGGGCCUCCCCCGGGAUCCCGGCCCCUGCGGCGUGCGGGCGGACAGCCAGAGCUUCCCGAGUCCGGACCGCUGCGCUUGCCGGUCGGUGCGGAGACAGGGGGAAUGGCUGGCUCUGUCGCCGGACUGCCUCGUUCUUCGGAAGAUGUGAACUGCUGCGAGUCCCCUUGUCCUUCAUUCUGAAUGGUUCCUGAAGCUGGCUUUCUGCAAGUCCGCUCCAGAAUCCCCUCGCCGAAUCCUUGGGACCCGGGAAGUGGAUGUGUGUUGCAAGGAUACCGAGCGGGUAGCAGGUGCGAGGCGCACAGAAGACGCGGGAGGAGCCUGCGUGCGUGGUCCUGAGUUCUGUGCCGGGAAACCGAGGCAGGGCCCCGAAGCCAGCGCCCAGAUGACGAGGUCACGGCGAGAACGGCAACCUGUACUGAGAUCUUAGCAGGGGCGAGCUCUGAAUCUAAUGCCUUCGGAGUUACUCUCAGGACAACCCCACGUAGAAGGUUUAGUUAACCAGUUAAUUUCCUGGUCUUGUUCCUGUGCUGCGGUUAUUUAAGUAAGAUGUUAACGCUAGGGGAAGCUGAGCGAAGGGUAUAGGGACUUGUCUGCACCAUUUGGAGAAAUUUUCUUUAAAUUCAAAAUUAUUUCAGAAUAAUACAUUUAAAAAAAAAAAAGGUAAGGUUUUUGCAGCGGGGGAAAUAGCAGUUUAGAGAGGUUAAGCCACAACACAUAAGAGAACAUGACAAGAUUCAAGCCUAGGUUGUCCGGAGUCCACAGCCCAUGACCUUCACCACAGCUCCCCAUGCUGAUGGGGGUCCACGUUUAAACAGGCCCUGCUUACGUCUGCUAUUCCAUGGGAGACCGAAACCAUCUACACCCACACCGCGUACUACCUACCUAGGUUAAGGAGUGUGCCCUGAAAGAUAAUACUUGUCGUCGUCCUCGCUGACCAUUGGAGCUGGAAUGGCUGCAGUGUUCCUUCCAUGGGCUCCUGAAGAGCCAGAGGGGCUCUUCAGAGUAAACAACAAAAAAUGUCCUGCCAAGGUUCAGGGAUCUGACCCACAGUGGAGCAGCCCAAACAGCCAGGAGUUAUUCCGCCAGCGCUUCCGGCAGUUCUGCUACAAGGAGACUCCUGGACCCCGUGAGGCCUUGAGCCAGCUCUGGGUGUUCUGCUGUGAAUGGUUAAGGCCUGAGAUACGCAGCAAGGAGCAGAUGUUGGACUUGCUGGUGCUGGAGCAGUUCCUGACCAUCCUGCCCAAGGAGCUGCAGGCCUGGGUGCAAGAACAUCACCCGGAGAGCGGGGAGGAGGCCGUGGCUAUGCUGGAAGACCUGGAGAAGGAAUUGGAUGAACCAGGCCAGCAGGUUUCAACCCAGACCUGUGCACAGGAGGUGCUUUCUGAGACAUCGGAGCCUCUGGAUCCAGCUAAGGAAGCAACGUGUCUCCAGCCUCAACCCAUGGAGAUCCCACUUAAGGAUGAUGUGGGAAUUGAGAAAGGAGAACUGAUUCAAAAGCAGGGGUUAACUAUAGAUAUGGAAUCUUCAAAAAAGUCAUCUGGCCAAAUGAACGGAAAGGUCCCUGAAUGUGGAGAAACCCAAGAACAUGAAGGAUGGAUAAAAGGAUAUCAAAGAAACACUUCAACUGAGAGAAGAUAUAAGUGUGAUGAAUGUGGGAGAAGAUUCACUCAAAACUCAAGCCUCAUUAGACAUAAAAGAAUCCACACUGGAGAAAGACCCUAUUCAUGUAACGUGUGCGGCAAAACUUUCAUCCAGAGCUCACAACUUAUUGACCAUCAGAGAAGCCAUAACCGGUUAAAACCCUAUCAGUGUGAUGAGUGUGGAAAAGCCUUUUAUUACAGUUCACACCUUGUUCAGCAUCAGAGGACCCACACUGGAGAAAAACCUUUCCAAUGCAAUGAGUGUGGGAAAGCUUUUCACUAUAGCUCAGGCCUUGUUCGACACCAAAGGACCCACACAGGAGAGAAGCCGUACCAGUGCAGCGACUGCGGGAAGGCUUUCUGUCUGAGCUCACAUCUGAUUCAGCAUCAGAGAGUUCACACUGGAGAGAAGCCGUACCAGUGCAGUGAGUGUGGGAAAAGCUUCAGCCAGAGCUCAGGCCUCUUCCAUCACCAGAGAAUCCACAGUGGGGAGAAACCCUAUGAGUGUGACGAGUGUGGGAAGGCCUUCAGUCACAGCUCAGCUCUGGUGGGACACCAGCGCAUCCACAGUGGAGAGAGGCCUUAUGAGUGUGAUGUGUGCGGGAAAGCAUUCAGUUACAGCUCACAUCUUCUGGGACACUGAAGAAUCCACACUGGAGAGAAGCCCUAUGAGUGUGACGU